UGCACAGUGUGUACCUAACCUAGCAUCCCUCACUUGUGAGGGUCUCGUCAAGUGCUCUUGCCAUUUAUCUCCGUUUUGAGGGGAAGCGCAACUUGCCAUUUCUUCAAUUUGGACCCGCCCUGUCAACAUCGACAGGUGCUGACUUGUCAUCAGGCCAGGCCCGGCGGGGUAAAGCGAUCCCAAGUACCUCUGACGGUAUCUAACUUAUCUUACCUAACCUGCCAUUUUGUCUCCUUCUGGCUUUCUAGACUGGGGAUUUGUUAUAUAUCAUCCUUCAACUUAUACCGCCGCGCACCGGCUUUUGGGUCCUCAAGAAAACCAAAAUAGAAAGAGAGAAAAAAAUGGCAGCACCACCCCCCUCCCUCCUGCCACCUCCCAUCAUCUCACCACCGGGGGCGGCACCGUCCAUCAUCCCGGCCCAGCUUGGGUUUCUGGCAAUUUACAACCCGAGCUUGUCUUCGCGGUCUGGCGACGGCGGCGAUGAUGAGAACAGCGUCAAUGACCAGAUUGUGUAUUAUGCCUCGCUGAACGAGCAGCAUGCCUCGUCGCAGGGUGGGAGUUUGAAAAAGAGGAGGAGACGGCAUCAGUCUUCGACUGGUGGGAUGGAGCAGCAGGUGUCAAGGGAGAUUAGGAAUGAGAGGUUGAGGCAGGUUGGGUUGGCGCAGGGGAUGGUGGAGUUUAGUAGGGGUUUUGCGGGGGGAAAGGCAGUGGAGGGGAUUGAGACGGAGAGGAGGAGGGUGGUGGUGUAUGAGUUGGAGCCGGGGUGGUGGAUUUUGGCUUCGAUUGAUCUUACGCAGCUGCCUUCUGCUAGUACUGGGGAGGCAGGGGCGGAAAGGAAGAUGGAGUAUAGCUCCAGGGAAGUGAAGCCUACGUCGCUGUUGUUGCAGAAUUUACUGAGGGCACAUUCGGUGUUUUUGCUGCAUCAUGCUAGCUCGCUUUCGGCCUUGUUUGUCAAGACGCAGAGGCAAAAGUUUGUGGCGGUGUUGGGGCGGUACUGGGAUCUGUUUCUCAGUACCUGGAAUGUGAUGCUCCACGGAAAUCCGGCGUGCGCCGUGUUUGGGGGUAUCAAGAUUGCUGCCUGUGGAGAGCUGGGGAUCGGAGUUGGGGAGGAAGAAAGGGGCAGCGGGGAGAGGGAAGUAUUGGAAGGGUUGGUCGAAAGAACAGAAGGGCUGGUUGACUUGGUCGUCGGAAGAUAUGGAAAGGCUCCUUCUGAAGAUGAGCAAGAUAAUGAGGAAGAUGAAAAGUGGCUUGGGAACGGAAUUGAACCUGGAGCGGAAGAUGGAGCGGUUUUUCUCGGGACUGGAGCGCUGUCCAGAAAUUCCUUGAGGGCCCUGACAUUCUGGAUGGAAGAUAUGUAUAUGUUUGGGGAGAAUGCAUAUGGAGUGAACGACAGCCCUACUGCGACUCGAUCACAGGCUGCGAGAAGGAGAAGAGCUGCUGGAAGGAAGGCUGCCGCUGCUGCUAAGGAGGGCAAACAACAACAACAACAGGCUGCAUCUUUUGGAAGUAGUGGUGAAUCUUCAAAGGGUGCCGAUGAAGCAGGAAAGGGCGGUAUGGAUACACUUUUUGGGUACAUGAAGAUGGGAUACGGGACAUCUUGGUCUCUGACUGGGAAAAGGAUCACGGAAAUCACUCCAGCUGCGGAACAAGAAGUCCCAGCCGCUGAGGCCAGCGAACAGCAGAUUCCCACUUCGGAAGAGGCUCCCAAAUCACGACAGCCUUCUCUUAGCACCGGCCGCUAUCUCAUUGGGCUUAUGGGUGAUAUCGAGGAACCAACGAGUAAGGAGGACGAUCCAGACGCCCAAGACCCAGCAGAUGCAGCCGACCCCAACUCGAGAACUCUCUUGCGCACCCUCACCGUCGAGCUUGAGAAAGAGGGCGAGGAUAAGCCAGAGUCAAAGAUGACCAAGGACCUGGGCAGCCAAAACACUGAGCUAGCUGAGGAAGGCGUUUCUGAUAAGGAAAGCCAGCCCGCGGAUACCUCCAACACUGAAUUCGACAGCCAAGAUCGUAACAAGACCAAGAAGCUACGGGUGGUGGUAUAUGCCAACCGACCCUUCAUCUACAUAUUCUUAUUCCAGCUCCGAACCGACUCGUUGGCCUGGGACGGCAUGUACAGAUCGCUACACACCCAACUUGCCCCCUUGCACAAGCCAUUGCUGUCCUCCACAGCAUACCGACCCGAGCGACCAGACGUCGGUGGUGUUGCGGCGACAGCCCAGAUUUAUGACUUGGUCUGGGACCCCAAGCUGCUCACGAUCCAUUCCACCAUCCCCAACAUUCCCGAGCCAGUAUCGGUAACGGCGCAUGGCGUUACGAAACCAGGUGCUUGGACCCGUGUGGAGUCCCUCAACACCCACAACCAGAUUCUCAACGUGUACAGCAACACGCGAGACGAUCUGUCAGAGUUCGAACGGACGUGCAAGACCAGCCGGGGGUGGUGGAUAGUCUGGACCAGGAUCUUGGAAUGGAGCAGCAAGAGCACCGACGGCAGUAUGACACCUACUAUCAUUACCGCGACAAGCACCACCGGCACGGCGACGAUCACAGGGUGGGUGGAUGGCCAUGGCUCCUCUGAUGGCGGUGGUAGUGAGGAGGGUGGACAGAGAGGGGAGGUUGGUGUGACAAAGGAGAUUAUACUCAUCCGGCGGGCUAGUGAUCAUGGCGGGGGAGGGUUGAGGGGGGUGAGUACGUCUUAUAUUGCCAGUGGGAGUGCCGGUGGAGGGGAAGGAGGGGGAGGAGGGUGGGCGGAUGGGGCGACCAAGUUGGCUCAGGGGAUUGGGGUUGAUACGAGGAGGUAUAUUGAGGCGUUGUUGAGCUUGAAUCGGUGA